AUGACAAGGCUCCGCGGAGCUUCUCUCGAAUCCCCUGACACGAAGCGACACGGCCGCGCCGGGCGACCCCAGUUCUGUCGGUCCAAGAUACCCCCAAAUGCACCAGAGGUCGUUGUACAGAAUACAGUCGAGGUCUCAGACCCAUCCCAGGUCCUCUCAUGGUACCGAGAUGAACGCAGACGCCGCUUCAAUAUACUAGUACGAAGAUACAAAAACCAGUUACUCCAUGGAUGUGACGAUCUCGGAUGCCGUACUCCGACCUGCGCCAGUCGUCGCCGACGCGUUAGCGAAGGCCCGUACCGCCGCUAUACGGAACUCAGCGCCCGAACUCUUGCCUGUUACCUCGCCAGUCUAGACGAUGCGGAGAGUGGCCUAUGCUGCAACAAUCCGAGAUAUUCGUCUGGAUUGACGAUUAACGAUUACCAUCGCAUUUCUUUACAGCGAUCUCGUGCGUUCCAGGCCCAGGCCGCGGCAGCCGCCACUGCCACUGCCACCGCCGAGUUGGACAGAUCCGCGCGAGUUAGCCAGGAUCAAGAUACCGAGAAUGCAGAUAAGGAUGCGCUAUGUGUCUCACCGACGGAUGUACCGACAACAACGAGCCAUACAGAAGGACCGGUAUCAUCUCCCAGCGUAACCCCGAGCAAUUAUUACUGGCAGGAUCUUGACUAUGCCACCGAGCAACCACUCAAAGACCCGAAAUCCUUCACGCAGAACCUCUUCGAUACAAUAUCAUUGCGCAUGGUUGAGUGGCUUCCAUUGCGCCGAGCACCCGAGUCCUUUCAGGCGAAGACAAAGCAUUCCGGAUCACUGCCCGAUAGUACACCCACGACCUCCGACAAACGACGACGCCAUCAAGACACGGAAUUCGAGAAGCGGCAACCAAAUAAAGAAGGUUCUACUGUCUCUCAUUCACAUAUUGCACAACCUCGCACUCCCUCAUCUCGGAACCCCGGAACUCAGUCUCCAGCGGUCGAGCUCAAAUUCCAGAACCAACAUGUUAAACGGCUGUCACUUACCGAGGUGGAAAAUUGGCGACAAUCAUCGUGGCAUACCCUGGAUGAAAAGAAACGCUCCGAAUACAAGAACAAGCACCUACCGGUGGGCACUCAUCUAGCUUCGAAUGAGUUUGCCAGUAUUCCCUCGCCGCCGGCAUUGAAACACCGACCCCAAAAGCAUCGUGGAAGAAUUGACGGUUUGGACAAUACACGCCCGAAGGAAAGAUCCAAGGCCCAGCGGCGAGUUUCUUGGGACAGCGAAAAGGUUCUCAAUGAGCCCUCGCUCCAAGAAACCCCAAGUCAUGCUAGACCUCCCACUCCACAGCCCCAGGUCGACAUUGAUUCUCCGAGUGACCGGAAAAACAAGCAGAGCUCUCCUCGGAACACACACAAUGUGGGCCCUCUGGCUCAGACCAUCACGCAUUUUACUCCAGAGAUCAUUAACGGCCUCGAGAAGAUCAUGAUCGAGUCGGAGGAGGAUUCAGACAAGUGGAGAGAGGAGUUGGAUAGAAUUCAGUCUAUGGGCAGCUUUGACAAUCCCGAUUGGCAGUUUGCCACUCCCCGCCAACGUCAGGUGUUUCCCUUCGUCGCUCAGAGUGUCUUUUUCGUCUUCAGCAAUAGCAAACAACUGCUACACUCAUUUGGAAAAGACGCAAUGGACUUGAACGGGUCAUUAGAGACACCGACAGACAGUCGUCUGGACGUUUUGAACCUUCGAGACUCCUUACAACGCCUGUUCACCAUCUGUCCAUGGGAUGUUGCAUUGCAUAGCUUAUGGUCAGGUCUCGACAAGUUGUUUUUACCUCCAAAUGAAUUUCCCUCCUCAACCAGAGCUUCGCGCCGCUCAUCCCGCAGUUCCACUAUGACCAGUUCUGCCGCCCCUCCCCCGGCAGUGCGACGAUUAUCGGAGUCUGUACCAGAGGGGCACUUGUCGGAUGCCGAUGCUGCUUACAUUGCUACAAUUGCCUUCUUUGUACUGGUUGGCUCGGUUCCGAACCUUGAUUCGCAGACCUGGCGUGGGAUUUUGCGCAUGCGUGCUGCCGGGACUGUGGCUUCGUCCGCGGACAUGCAGAAGCUGUCUACCGAGCAUGCCCGGCAAGCCGUGGAGGCCACUGAUAGACUUGAGCAUGAACUGGGUCUCCGUCUGGUCAACCGCCUUGUUCGUGCUCUGACUGCGCGGCUUGCAUAUCACGAAAUUUCCAAAGCGCGCCAAGUGUAUUCACUCGACCUACCGAAGCAACGAAAAGUGAGUGUAUUAGAUCGCAUCAUCGAUAAUCUCACCGACCACUAUGACAUUCAGCGCGGCGCGACCGAUGCAAGCGCAGCACCUCAGCCAACCGGCCCUGCCCAUUUGAUCCUUGAGUGGCUUCGAACACUAUUUUUGCGAGAAUGGGAUGGCAACCCGGAAAUGGCUCGGAGUAGUGCUGCUGGCGGCGCUUUGCAGAUCAUAGCCUUGAUGUACAAGGAACGAAAUCGAUUAGGGCUCUUCCCCGAGGACUUCCAAACACCCCUUCUCGCUGAGCGGCUGGACCCUCUCGAGAUGCCCGUCGCGUGGGCGGGCAAACUUUCGAACAAUCGCACGAUGCAUCUCCUGUCAUAUCCCUUCCUAUUCCCCCCGUCAUUCCUGGUUAUCUAUUUCCGCGCUCUAAACUAUUCCGCCAUGUCCAAGUAUUUCGAGGCCGCCAUGACCACCACCAGACAUGUCACCCAAACCGCCUUUGGCAAUAUCCAUGUCUCCGACGAUGGUGGACUCUUGGCUCGCAUGAAAGUCUCCAUGUCCACAUACCUCGUUAUUUCCGUCAGACGCGACAAUGUUCUUACAGACGCCCUGAACCAGCUCUGGCGACGAGAACGACGAGAGUUAAUGCGUCCUCUCAAAGUCCAGAUGGGAAUGGAUGAGGGCGAGGAGGGGUUGGAUCAUGGUGGCGUGCAGCAAGAGUUCUUCCGUGUCCUCAUGGCGGAAGCACUCGAUCCGGUCUAUGGCAUGUUUACCAUGGAUAGCCGACACCGUAUAUCCUGGUUCCGGCCCUGCUCCUUGGAGCCGCUCUAUAAGUUUGAGCUCCUUGGCCUGCUUAUGUCUAUUGCUGUCUAUAAUGGUCUAACCCUCCCAAUCAACUUCCCGAUUGCUUUCUACCGAAAGUUGCUAGGUCUCAAGGUGAAACAUCUGGACCAUAUAAAGGAUGGCUGGCCCGAACUUACUCACGGUCUCAAUUCGCUUCUUGAGUGGAAGAACGGCGACGUGAGCGAUGUGUUCGUCCGCACCUACGAGUUCAGCUUUGAGUCCUUCGGUCGCGUCGAGACCAUUGACAUGCACAAGGUUGGCCGUGAUGCACCAUGGCCCGCUCCCAUCAACCAUGCUCUAGCAUUGUCCGAGCUGCCUUCAUCCAACCCGGCGACGUUGAGCCCACCACCGUCCACGGCAGCUGAAGCGGUUGAGGCGACAGCAGUAUCCAAGCCCAGAUCGUUGUCGAUUCAGUCUCCAACUCCGCCAAGCGAUGAAGCGCCUCUUGUGACGAACGACAAUCGGCAUCGAUUUGUCAAGGAUUAUAUUUUCUGGCUCACCGACAAGUCAAUUCGACCACAGUUCGAAGCAUUCCUUCGAGGCUUCCAAACCUGUCUUGACCGGUCAGCCCUGUCUAUAUUCAGUCCCGAGGCGCUGAAGACAGUCGUUGAGGGUCUCCACGAAAUUGACAUCAAGGAGCUCGAAAACCAUGCUCGAUACGAAGGCGGCUUCGGGCCCGAUCACCGCGUCAUCCGGGACUUUUGGAGCAUUGUCCAGCAGUACUCGCCCGAGAAGAAGGCCCAACUUCUGGAGUUCGUCACUGCGAGUGACCGAGUUCCAGUCAACGGAAUCCCCAGCAUCAUGUUCGUAAUCCAGAAGAACGGUGUGGGAGAUCUGCGUCUUCCGACCAGCUUGACGUGCUUCGGUCGCCUGCUAUUACCGGAGUAUUCAUGUAAAAAGACCCUAGCUGAGAAGCUUGACAAGGCACUUGAAAACGCGCGAGGAUUCGGCGUUGCGUAA